AUGCCUGAAGCGAACAGUAGAUCUACUGCAGCAGCUAAUCGAAAAGUCACAGACAAACGAAGUAGAGAGGAUAAAAGUGAUGGUGCUGGAACUGUUGAUGUUUACGAUAAUGAUACAGAUUUAGCGUUGGUCGUCUUGAGAUUGGUUAUUUUACAGACGCUGCUCUGUUGGCUGGUGGCUGAUCUAUGCGGACCACGACAUUCCUGUGUUGUGACCAGACUCUUCUGA